GUGAGGGACAGAACUGUUUUUAAACAUAUUCGCUAUUCGAAUUCAUUAGAAUUGAAUUCCUGACGUCAUAGUGACUUGCAGUUGACAUAUGCCAUUUAUAUGUAGUGCUACGCCGGCUUCCUUACCUGCCACCACAGGGCUACGGAAUACCGUUAGGCCAUCGUGGUGACACAUCUAAAUCCAGAGGGCGACAAUGUGAUAACAUCCAUCUCAUAGUGCUAAUGGAUCAAGCAACUUUAGAUGAAUUUGGAGAAACCUUAGGGAUAUCCUACAAGGUUAUCGACAAUUUGUCUGAUGGCAAGAAGACGUACACCGCUCAGAUUGUCCUCACUAACAACUGUGAUAAGGAGCUCAAGUAUGAAGACUGGGCAAUAUAUUUCUGUCACCUCCGCAUGAUUGAGCCAGACCAUCUCCCACAUUCCACAUGGUAUGACAUUAAAGAUGCAGGCGUGAAAUUCACGCAUGUCAAUGGCUGCCUGUUCAAACUCUCACCUACAGAGAAAUUCAAAACAAUUAAAAAGGGAGAUACUGUAAAGUUGCAAUUCAAAGCACAGCAUUUUUCUGUUGCCAGGAGCGAUAUAAUGCCCAACUGGUACCUUCUUUUUCCCACACUACGACCAGUGUUGAUUAAAUGUACAAUAGGGGAAGACUUGGCCUUCGUUGAACCAUUCGACACUGAAGAGGCUUGGAAGAGAUUUGAUUACGAGCUUCAGGACGGUUCCACGCGUUACGAUCACUACAACCCAUAUAAUCUGCUGGAGAGGUUUGACAGGAACAAGUGCGUAGAUCCUGGACCUACUGGUACCACUGUGUUACCGAGGCCACUGAAAAUGUCAGUGAACGAAGAGAGUCGUGUACAGAUACUGCCUGAAAAGUGGAUACUUUGUGCAGAUGAGGAGUUGGAUAAUGAGAGACAGAUUCUUGCCAAUGCUCUAAGAAUUACGUCCAUAAACAACCGGAAAACUGAACACAAGAUCCACCUAAAACUGGAUCCUCAGUUGAAAAUCAACGGUGAAGACUGCUGCAGCGAAUUGUACACUGUCUCCGUGGCAACCGACAGCAUACGGGUCAGUGCAAGAUCACCCCCAGGGGUGUUCUACGGUAUACAGACUCUGUUGAGUGUACGGAGAAGGGAUGGUACCUUCCCCGAGUGUGAGAUUGAAGAUCGCCCUAGAUACGGUUACCGUGGAAUGCAUCUGGAUGUGUCUCGGAACUUCCAUUCCAAAGCACAGGUGAUGAAGCUAUUGGAUGCCAUGGCAAAGUACAAACUCAACAAGUUCCACUUCCACCUGACGGAUGAUGAGGGAUGGAGGCUAGAGAUACCCGAUCUGGAAGAGCUCACUCAGGUAGGGGCAAGACGAGGCCAUGUAAACCAAACUGACAUGAACUCCCUACUGCCGUUGCUGGGUUCUGGGCCAGGCUUUGAUACGUCGGGCACCGGUCAUUACACUGUAGAAGAGUACAGAGAAAUUCUGUUGUAUGCCAAACAACGCCAUAUAGAAGUUAUUCCAGAAAUAGACAUGCCAGGUCACAGUCAUGCAGCAAUUAAGUCUAUGAAAGCGCGACAUAAAUUAUUUAUGGCGCAAAAUGACAAGGGGAAAGCGGAAGAAUAUCUUCUGUCAGACUUGGACCAAGAUAUCAAAUCAGUGUCCCAUUCCGUUCAAAUGUUCUUGGAAAAUGCCAUGAACCCUGGACUAGAAUCGACGUACACAUUCGUGAAAAAGGUUGUCAUGGAAUUGAAGAAGAUGCAUGAAGGUAUCAGCCCCUUACGCGUGUUCCACUUUGGAGGGGAUGAGGUGCCUUACGAGGCCUGGGAAGGCUCGCCAGCCUGCGCAAGCCUAGUGGACUCCGGGGAGGUUAAGUCCAUGGAGAAACUCAUGGAGCACUUUGUGACGCGUGUUGCGGACAUUGUGGCGGAGUGUGGGUUAGACGUAGGGGCUUGGCAGGAUGGAAUCAUCUCAGAUGAGUCUGAUAGGCAGCCAAUCAAAAGGGGCAAGUUUAAGAGCCAGGAUGUGUUAGUGUACGCAUGGCAGAACGUCUGGGAGAUGGGACUAGCAGGGUGUGCGUACAGGCUGGCUAACAACGGCUACAAGGUGGUAAUGUCUCAAGGAACCCACCUGUACUUUGACCACCCGUAUGAGCCCGACCCUGAAGAGCGAGGCCUCUACUGGGCGUGCCGUCACCUUGACACACGCAAGGCCUUCUCCUAUAUGCCGGACAAUCUCUAUGCCAAUGCCGACGUGCGGCUGACGGGCGAACCCAUCGACAAGGACUACAUCAAGAGACAUAAGGAGGACCACGAUGAUCUUAAGAAACCAGAAAACAUUAUUGGAAUUCAGGGGCAACUAUGGACGGAGCUGGUUCGUACCUGGGACCAGAUGGACUCCAUGAUAUUCCCACGGCUCCUGUGUGUGGCUGAGAGGGCAUGGCAUAAGGCCGAGUGGGAGGCGGAGUCAGACGCUGACAGGCAGCAGGAGGGACAGGAUCUGGACUGGGCGCGGUUUGCACACAUCCUGGGCAGCAAGGAGCUGGCUCGACUGGACUCGAUGGGCGUGGCAUACCACCUGCCACCGCCUGGGGCUCGGUACUUAGUUGAAGCCUGCAAGGUAGAGUUGAACACUGCCUACCCGGGCCUUCCCAUCUUCUACAGCCUGGACGGCGGUAAAACAUGGACUGAAUACACAGAGAAAAUAGACCUAUUGCUUGACACGGACAUUCACAUGAUGACUAAGUCUUUUGAUGGUAAAAGGAGCAGUCGGUGUGUAGUGAUGAAGAAGUCACAAAUAGUAUAACGCAAGCUUGGACAUUUAGUAGUGGAUCCCAUCCGGGUAGUCUCUUGAAAUCACCAAGGAAGAACCUAUCAGCUAGAACUCCUCACCUUUAAGCCCAUUUGAGAAAUAAAUUCUGUAUUUAAAGACUUUCCAAAGAAAAAGAGGCAUUUAGCGCUUCACUUGUGUGUCGGUCGGUACAUUUAUAUGUUGGAACCUUCAUGUGUAGGUUAAAAGGAAUCUUGGCUGCGACCAAUUUUGACAGAAUUUUGGCGUUUUUUUCACUAAAGAAUAUAAACUUGUACAUUUUGUGGGCUCUACUGAAAUUUAACUGCUUGGCGGAUUUCACUCAAACUUUCACAUCUAAAUAAUCUUCAUUAAAAGGUGACAUAAAAGAAAAUAAUUUUAGCUGCAGCCACUUUGGAAAUUAUUAUUUCACUAUUUCAUUUUGUUUUAAGUAUUUUGUUUUAGGAUUUAUUCUUUACACAUGUAAAAUUCUUUAAUUUCAGUUGAAUAUGUUUAGAGAAAUGUUUUGUUGUUUUCCUUAUAUGGUUGUUGAUAAAUUUAAAAUAAAGUUGUGAUUUACCUCAUCCUUAAUGAACUGCAGGGAUGUUUAUUAUAUUUAUCCCUUACAGGGAUUUAACUGGUUGUGAUAUGUUAAGGCUUAAACAUCUAAAAAUAAAAUAAUGAAUGUCACUAGUUAUAUCUGCAAGUAUACAAUCAUUGAAGAUAUUUUUCCUUAUCAUUGCGCUCAAGUUAUUAUAAAACCUUGUACAAUGUUCAAUUUCAUAGUGAAGAUAAAUUUACCUCAAGUUGUGACAUCUUUUGCAUUUUGUUGUGUUCAUAUUAAAAAUUAUAUGAAAUAAUGUUGAUUAUCAAAUAAAAAUGAAAUGUU